UCUAAGAUGAAGUGCUGACAUGUGAAGGGAUAACAGGAUGGUCUGCCAGCUUGAUCAUGUACCCCAGCUGGUAUAAGAAAAAAUGGUUGGAGAGUAGAGGUUUCUUUGUGUGAGCUUUGUGUGAUAUUCCCUGCUCCCUCCUCACAGGAACAGAGGAGGCUUUACUUUUACCUCAAGCCAAUGAGCGAAGACUGAGGAGAUUUUGAUAUUUGAUAUCUGUGUCCCGGAGAUUGAGGGAGAUAGACAAUGGCAUUUGACUUAAGUCUGAGAAAUCCAAAGUGAAGAGGUAAAAAGAGAAUCCACUGGGGUAGUAGGCCCUUCCGCUCAAAUUGGGUCAUGUGGACAAAAUGACACUCCUUUCAAAGAUCAGGAAAAGAAGACCCACACCAGCGUCACUUGUGAUUCUCAAUGAACAUAAUCCCCCAGAAAUAGAUGAGAAGAGGGUGACCAACACACAAGCAGAAUCACAGAAUGCAUCCCCUAAGCAAAGGAAGCAGAGUGUGUACACAGCACCCACCAUGAAAGGGGUUAAGCAUCUGAAAGGCCAGAAUGAAUCAGCAUUUCCUGAAGAAGAAGAAGGCGUAAACGAGAGAGAGGAGCAGUGGGACCAUUAAUCAUGAGUCUGCAGCAAGAAGGCUUCUUGGGAAUAACUGAACUAUUAACUUUUCUGAAUAUCCCAUGGAAUGCCACUGCUUGACUUCCAGAAGCAUUCUCCAUCUCGGCUCUUCAACUCAUACAGUAGUAAUACACCUCCUGGGAAGCCCUCCUUGACUGAACUUUAGAACUAAGUACAAAUUGUUCCAUAUUACUUGCAAUUAAAGAAUAAGUAUUUA